AUGGCACAGCUGCAUGUGGAUACUGGCGGAAUCUUAAAGGAGUCGGAUGACUAUUUGGAAUAUGGCAGGAACAACACCCGUGAUUAUGAUUACGAUGCAGCAAAUACAGUGAAUAACACUACAGUGUUUACAGUGUUUAACAGCACAGUGGAUAAUGUUCCUGUGGAAAGAGGCAGUGAGGCAGUGUGGGUCCCUGCUCUGUAUGCUGUAGUGUUUUUUGUUGGAAUCCUGGGAAAUAUUAUUCUCCUGAGAGUUCUGGUUCAAAAAAGGAGACAGUGGAGCCUAUCGGACACCUUUAUUCUCCACCUGAGUUUUAUGGACAUCCUCCUCCUGUUAAUGCUGCCCUUCUGGGCUGCACAGACAACUCAGCUUUGUGACUGGUUCUUUGGCACUUUCAGCCAUAUGUUUGGGGUCGUUUUCAAGCUCAACUACUACUGUGGGAUCUUUCUGCUGGUUUGCAUCAGUCUUCAAAACUACCUCUCUGUCAUCCAUGGCAUCCAGUUAUAUUCCCACGGGAGGCGCUGGUUAGUUCAUAUCAGCUGCCUGUCAGUCUGGCUUAUCUCUGUCCUCCUCACUGCACCUGACUGGAUUUUCCUGGUGGGUAAAAAUAAUUACACAGAAGUUAAUACUUGUGUUAAUAUCUACCCUCAAUCUGGAACUGACUGGCAGUUGUGGUCACGCCUGCUCCACCACAUAUUUGGCUUGGUGCUACCUGGACUCAUGUUGAUGAUCUUUUGCUCACAUAUGCUACGGCGGCAGUGCAGCUGUAAUGGCCUCCCAAUCCCGAGAAAUGUCACCGUCAUCCUGUCUCUGGUGGUCGUAUUCUGUCUGUGUUGGAUGCCGUACAACUUCAUACUUGUUUUGGACACUCUCCAGAACAGACUUCGGGAUCCUGCUAACGAUUCACAAGAAGGUUCUGAAAGUUUAUUAAAGACCUUUCUCAUGGUCACCUCUGCGUUAGGCUGCCUUCACGCCAGCCUGAGGCCUCUGCUGUAUCUCGGCCUGUGUGGAAACUUCAGGCAACACUUACUGGCCAUGCUGAGAUGUAGUAAAACUGAACCAAAAGGCUCACUCUGGGAUCUUGGUGUAGACCAGAGACAGCAGCCUGAUCACGGUCAGGAUCAACAGGAAGAGCUGGAACGGAUGAUGGCUGUAGAGAAUCUGUUAGCUUGUUGA